AUGUGGAGCCGUCUGCUAAGGCACUGUCGCAGGCGGCGGCGCGCGACGGCGUGUGCGGACCUUCGGACGGAUAGUUUUGGCAAGUUCCUCACCGAGACGGACGACGCUGCGCGCCCGGGCGCCCGUCUUCGUCCACCGACGAGCUCGGCGCCUGGCUCUCGCGACUUCAUGACGUUUAUCGCUACGGCCUAUCACCGCAUUUGCGGCGCUACGGGGUCGUACGUGAUUCGUUGUUUGCGAAACGUUGCUCGAUUGCGGCGCGACGCGGGCGGCCAGUGCUCUCGCACGGCGCCGGUCGUGCGCUUCUACCUAUUU